ACCUUCGACCACUCAGAUUCUGCUAAACCAAGGAGAAACCCAGCUGUGCCAGGCCUAGAAAUGUCCAUCCCCACCCCCACUCCCUUUUAAGACAGUGAGUAGGCCGGAAUUCUUGGUUGAUAAAUGAGAGGAGCCGAGAAGGAGCAGAGAGAAGCUGCAGUGAUGACUAUUCUGAGAAUCUGAUCCGCGAGCAGGCGAAUCUCCACCACGUACACCAUGGAGACGCUUCGGGAAAGAGAGCCGGCCUACCUGCCUGAAGAAGGAUGCUCCAGAGAGGGGAUGGAUGACAGAAUGGCUUAAAGGGAGAUGAACUGGAGGUGCCCCAAGAGGAAAAUUUGAAACGGAAAACAGAGGCUGAAUUUUGGGAAACCUGGGCGGAGCAGGAGGCCACCUACCACCAUGAGCAGCACCCUGUCACCCACAGACUUCGACAGCUUGGAGAUCCAGGGCCAGUACAGCGACAUCAACAACCGCUGGGACCUGCCUGACUCAGACUGGGACAAUGACAGCAGCUCAGCCCGUCUCUUUGAGAGAUCUCGCAUUAAGGCCCUGGCAGAUGAGCGAGAAGCUGUGCAGAAGAAAACCUUCACCAAGUGGGUGAACUCACACCUGGCCCGGGUGACAUGCCGGGUGGGAGACCUGUACAGUGACCUCCGGGAUGGACGUAACCUCCUGAGGCUCCUCGAGGUGCUCUCGGGAGAGACACUGCCAAAGCCCACAAAAGGCCGCAUGCGGAUCCACUGCCUGGAGAACGUGGACAAGGCACUGCAGUUCCUGAAGGAGCAGAAAGUACACUUGGAAAAUAUGGGCUCCCACGACAUUGUGGACGGAAACCAUCGUCUGACCCUGGGGCUGGUCUGGACCAUCAUCCUUCGAUUCCAGAUCCAGGACAUCAGUGUGGAAACAGAAGACAACAAGGAGAAGAAGUCGGCCAAGGAUGCCCUACUGCUGUGGUGCCAGAUGAAGACCGCGGGGUAUCCCAAUGUCAACGUGCACAACUUCACCACCAGCUGGAGAGAUGGGCUGGCCUUCAACGCCAUCGUGCAUAAACACCGGCCAGAUCUGCUGGAUUUUGAGUCACUGAAGAAGUGCAACGCGCACUACAAUCUGCAGAACGCUUUCAAUCUGGCCGAGAAGGAGCUGGGGCUCACGAAACUGCUGGAUCCCGAAGAUGUGAAUGUGGAUCAGCCAGAUGAGAAAUCAAUCAUCACGUACGUGGCUACUUACUACCACUACUUCUCCAAGAUGAAGGCCCUGGCUGUGGAAGGCAAAAGGAUUGGCAAGGUGCUGGACCACGCCAUGGAGGCAGAGCGCCUGGUGGAGAAGUACGAGUCUCUAGCCUCAGAGCUGCUGCAGUGGAUUGAGCAAACAAUCGUGACCCUCAACGACCGGCAGCUGGCCAACUCCCUGAGUGGGGUCCAGAACCAACUACAGUCCUUCAAUUCCUACCGCACGGUGGAGAAGCCACCCAAGUUCACCGAGAAGGGGAACUUGGAAGUUCUGCUCUUCACCAUCCAAAGCAAGCUGCGGGCCAACAAUCAGAAGGUCUAUACGCCCCGUGAGGGCCGGCUCAUCUCUGACAUCAACAAGGCUUGGGAGCGGCUGGAGAAGGCCGAGCAUGAGCGCGAGCUGGCCCUGCGCACUGAGCUGAUCCGCCAGGAGAAGCUGGAGCAGCUGGCCGCCCGCUUCGACCGCAAGGCCGCCAUGCGGGAGACCUGGCUUAGCGAGAACCAGCGCCUUGUGUCCCAGGACAACUUUGGGCUGGAGCUGGCGGCCGUCGAGGCAGCAGUGCGGAAACACGAGGCCAUUGAGACGGACAUCGUGGCCUACAGCGGCCGGGUGCAGGCCGUGGACGCCGUGGCUGCGGAACUGGCCGCCGAGCGCUACCACGACAUCAAGCGCAUUGCCGCGCGGCAGCACAACGUGGCGCGGCUCUGGGACUUCCUGCGGCAGAUGGUGGCGGCCCGGCGGGAGCGGCUCCUCCUCAACCUGGAGCUGCAGAAGGUGUUUCAGGACCUGCUCUACCUCAUGGACUGGAUGGAGGAGAUGAAGGGCCGGCUGCAGUCUCAGGACCUGGGCAAGCACCUGGCUGGAGUGGAGGACCUGCUGCAGCUGCACGAGCUGGUGGAGGCAGACAUCGCUGUGCAGGCCGAGAGGGUGCGGGCUGUCAGCGCCUCUGCACUGCGCUUCUGUGACCCAGGAAAAGAGUACAAGCCGUGUGAUCCACAGCUGGUGUCGGAGCGGGUGGCCUCCCUGAAGCAGAGCUACGAGGCGCUGUGUGAGUUAGCGGCGACCCGGCGGGCCCGCCUGGAGGAGUCCCGACGCCUCUGGCGUUUCCUCUGGGAGGUGGGCGAGGCCGAGGCCUGGGUCCGGGAGCAGCAGCACCUGCUGGCCUCAGCAGAAACCGGCCGGGACCUGACCGGCGUCCUCCGCCUGCUCAACAAACACACGGCCCUGCGAGGCGAGAUGAGCGGCCGGCUGGGGCCCCUGAAGCUGACGCUGGAGCAGGGCCAGCAGCUGGUUGCCGAGGGCCACCCCGGGGCGGCCCAGGCCACCGCCCGCACAGCCGAGCUGCAGGCGCAGUGGGAGCGGCUGGAGGCCCUGGCGGAGGAGCGGGCCCAGCGGCUUGCCCAGGCCGCCAGCCUCUACCAGUUCCAGGCCGACGCAAACGACAUGGAGGCCUGGCUGGUGGACGCGCUGCGCCUGGUGUCCAGCCCCGAGCUGGGGCACGACGAGUUCUCCACGCAGGCUCUGGCCCGACAGCAUCGGGCCCUGGAGGAGGAGAUCCGGAGCCACCGGCCAGCCCUGGACGCCCUGAGGGAACAGGCCUCGGCCCUGCCUCCCGCACUGAGCCGCACACCCGAGGGGCAGGGCAGGGUGCCCACGCUGGAGCGGCACUACGAGGAGCUGCAGGCCCGGGCAGGCGAGCGAGCACGGGCCCUGGAGGCAGCCCUGGCUCUCUACACCAUGCUCAGCGAGGCCGGGGCCUGUGGGCUGUGGGUGGAGGAGAAGGAGCAGUGGCUCAAUGGGCUGGCCCUGCCCGAGCGCCUGGAGGACCUGGAGGUCGUGCAGCAAAGGUUCGAGACCCUGGAGCCUGAAAUGAACGCCCUUGCAGCUCGAAUUACUGCCGUCAAUGACAUUGCGGAGCAGUUGCUGAAGGCCAAACCCCCGAGCAAGGACAGCAUCGUCAAUACCCAGAAGCAGCUCAACCACAGGUGGCAGCAGUUUCGGACCCUGGCAGACGGCAAGAAGGCAGCUCUGACGUCGGCCCUGAGCAUCCAGAACUACCACUUAGAGUGCACGGAGACCCAGGCUUGGAUGAGAGAAAAGACCAAGGUCAUUGAGUCCACGCAGGGCCUGGGCAAUGACCUGGCCGGGGUGCUGGCACUGCAGCGGAAGCUGGCCGGCACCGAGCGGGACCUGGAGGCCAUCGCCGCUCGGGUGGGCGAACUGACUCGAGAGGCAAAUGCCCUGGCUGCUGGCCACCCCGCCCAAGCCCCUGCCAUCAAUGCCCGGCUUGGAGAGGUACAAGCUGGCUGGGAAGACCUCAGGGCCACCAUGCGCCGGCGAGAAGAGUCUCUGGGUGAGGCGCGGCGGCUACAGGACUUCCUGCGCAGCUUAGAUGACUUCCAGGCUUGGCUAGGCCGCACUCAGACCUCUGUGGCCUCUGAAGAAGGGCCAGCUACCCUGCCCGAGGCAGAGGCGCUCCUGGCCCAACACGCAGCCCUGCGGGGAGAGGUGGAGCGAGCCAGGGGCGAGUAUAGCCGGCUCCGGGCCCUGGGUGAGGAGGUGACCCGGGACCAGGCUGAUCCGCAGUGCCUCUUCCUACGGCAGCGACUCGAAGCGCUGGGCACCGGCUGGGAGGAGCUGGGCCGCAUGUGGGAGAGCCGGCAAAGCCGCCUGGCCCAGGCCCAUGGCUUCCAAGGCUUCCUGCGGGAUGCUCGCCAGGCCGAGGGUGUGCUUAGCAGCCAGGAAUAUGUUUUGUCCCACACGGAAAUGCCGGGCACCCUCCAAGCUGCUGAUGCCACCAUAAAAAAACUGGAAGACUUCAUGAGCACCAUGGAUGCCAACGGAGAGCGGAUCCGCGGGCUACUGGAAGCCGGGCGCCAGCUGGUGUCUGAAGGCAACAUCCAUGCCGAGAAGAUCCAGGAGAAGGCUGAUUCUAUCGAGAGGAGACACAAGAAGAAUCAAGAAGCAGUGCAGCAGCUCUUGGGCCGUCUUCGGGACAACCGAGAGCAGCAGCAUUUCCUACAAGACUGUCACGAGCUGAAGCUCUGGAUUGAUGAGAAGAUGCUGACAGCCCAGGACGUGUCCUACGAUGAGGCCCGCAACCUGCACACCAAGUGGCAGAAGCACCAGGCGUUCAUGGCUGAGCUGGCCGCCAACAAAGACUGGCUGGACAAGGUAGACAAGGAAGGGCGGGAGCUGACCCUCGAGAAGCCAGAGCUGAAGGCCCUGGUGUCCGAGAAGCUGGAGGACCUGCACCAGCGCUGGGAUGGGCUGGAGAGCACCACCCAGGCCAAGGCCCGUAGCCUCUUCGAUGCCAACCGAGCCGAGCUGUUUGCCCAGAGCUGCUCUGCCCUGGAGAGCUGGCUGGAGAGUCUGCAGGCCCAGCUGCACUCUGACGACUACGGCAAGGACCUCACCAGCGUCAACAUUCUGCUCAAGAAGCAACAGAUGCUGGAACGGGAGAUGGCUGUGCGAGAGAAGGAGGUGGAGGCCAUCCAGGCCCAGGCGACAGCGCUGGCCCAGGAGGACCAGGGUGCGGGGGAGGUGGAGAGGACAUCGAGGGCCGUGGAGGAGAAGUUCCGGGCCCUGUGCCAGCCCAUGAGGGAGCGCUGCCGGCGCCUGCAUGCCUCCCGCGAGCAGCACCAGUUCCACCGGGACGUGGAGGAUGAGAUUUUGUGGGUGACAGAGCGGCUGCCCAUGGCUAGCUCCAUGGAACAUGGCAAGGACCUGCCCAGUGUCCAGCUUCUCAUGAAGAAAAACCAGACCCUGCAGAAGGAGAUACAGGGCCACGAGCCGCGGAUUGCGGACCUGACGGAGCGGCAGCGCACUCUGGGCGCAGCGGCUGCAGGCCCAGAGCUGGCUGAGCUGCAGGAGAUGUGGAAACGCCUGAGCCACGAGCUGGAGCUUCGAGGAAGGCGACUGGAGGAGGCCCUGCGGGCCCAGCAGUUCUACCGAGAUGCCGCCGAGGCAGAGGCCUGGAUGGGCGAGCAGGAGCUACACAUGAUGGGCCAGGAGAAAGCCAAGGACGAGCUCAGCGCCCAGGCGGAGGUGAAGAAGCAUCAGGUGCUGGAGCAAGCCCUGGCCGACUACGCUCAGACCAUCCACCAGCUGGCAGCCAGCAGCCAAGACAUGAUUGACCACAACCACCCAGAGAGCACGCGAAUAUCCAUCCGCCAAGCGCAGGUGGACAAGCUGUACGCCAGCCUAAAGGAGCUGGCGGGAGAGCGGCGGGAGCGCCUGCACGAGCACCUGAGGCUGUGCCAGCUCCGCCGCGAGCUGGACGACCUGGAGCAGUGGAUCCAGGAGCGUGAGGUGGUGGCCGCCUCCCACGAGCUGGGCCAGGACUACGAGCACGUGACUAUGCUCCGGGACAAAUUCCGAGAGUUUUCCCGGGACACAAGUACCAUCGGGCAGGAGCGCGUGGACAGCGCCAACACACUGGCCAAUGGGCUCAUUGCUGGGGGCCACGCUGCCCGGGCCACCGUGGCCGAGUGGAAGGACAGUCUCAAUGAGGCCUGGGCUGACCUGCUCGAGCUUCUGGACACACGGGGUCAGGUGCUGGCAGCGGCGCAUGAGCUGCAGCGCUUCCUACACGGGGCGCGCCAAGCGCUGGCGCGUGUGCAGCACAAGCAGCAGCAGCUUCCGGAUGGGACUGGCCGUGACCUCAACGCAGCCGAGGCCCUGCAGCGCCGCCACUGCGCCUUCGAGCACGACAUCCAGGCCCUCAGCGCCCAGGUCCAGCAGGUGCAGGAUGAUGGCCAUCGGCUCCAGAAGGCCUAUGCCGGAGACAAAGCUGAGGAGAUCGGCCGCCACAUGCAGGCAGUGGCUGAGGCCUGGACCCAGCUUCAGGGAAACUCUGCUGCCCGCCGCCAGCUGCUCCUGGACACCACGGACAAGUUCCGCUUCUUCAAGGCUGUCCGGGAGCUGAUGCUGUGGAUGGAUGGGGUGAACCUGCAGAUGGAUGCCCAGGAACGGCCCCGGGAUGUGUCUUCUGCAGACUUGGUCAUCAAGAACCACCAGGGCAUCAAGGCAGAGAUAGAGGCCAGGGCCGACCGCUUCUCCUCUUGCAUCGACAUGGGGCAGGGGCUGCUGGCCAGGAGCCACUACGCAGCCGAUGAGAUCUCAGAGAAGCUGUCUCAGCUGCAGGCACGGCGCCAGGAGACAGCAGACAAGUGGCAGGAGAAGAUGGACUGGCUCCAGCUCGUUUUGGAGGUGCUCGUGUUUGGGAGAGAUGCGGGUAUGGCGGAGGCCUGGCUGUGCAGCCAAGAGCCACUGGUGAGAAGUGCUGAGCUGGGCUGCACGGUCGAUGAAGUCGAGAGCCUCAUCAAGCGGCACGAGGCCUUCCAGAAAUCCGCGGUGGCCUGGGAGGAACGGUUCAGCGCACUGGAGAAGCUCACCGCGCUGGAAGAGCAGGAGAAGGAGCGGAAAAGAAAGAGGGAGGAGGAGGAACGGAGGAAACGGCCCCCUGCCCCAGAGCCCAGAGCCAGUGUGACUGAAGGGGAUCUGGUGGACAGCCAGGCAGCUCCCGAUGCCACCAGGGAUGGAACCCGCCCCCGGCCGCCAGCGUCGGCACAGCAGGCCAGCGUCAACGGGGUCUGCACAGAUACAGAGUCCCCUCAGCCCCUGUUGGAACAGCAGAGACUGGAGCAAGGCAGCUUCCCAGAAGGACCUGGCUCUGGCACAGGAGAUGAGGCCAAUGGGCCACGGGGAGAGAAGCAGCCCCGGGCUCGAGGCCCAGCCCCUCCUGCGAUGCCCCAGAGCAGGUCAUCCGAGCCAGCCAGGAUUGCCACUUUGCCCUCUCGCGGCCCAGAGCUCUCUGCCCAGGAACAGAUGGAAGGGAUGUUAUGCCGCAAACAGGAGAUGGAGGGCUUUGGCAAGAAGGCUGCCAACAGGUCGUGGCAAAAUGUGUACUGCGUCCUGCGGCGGGGGAGCCUUGGCUUCUAUAAGGACGCAAAGGCAGCCGGCGCGGGAGUGCCGUACCACGGAGAAGUGCCUGUCAGCCUGGCCAGGGCCCAGGGCAGCGUCGCCUUUGAUUAUCGAAAGCGUAAACACGUCUUCAAGCUGGGCUUACAGGAUGGAAAAGAGUAUUUAUUCCAGGCCAAGGAUGAGGCAGAGAUGAGCUCGUGGCUGCGGGUUGUAAAUGCAGCCAUUGCAACUGCGUCCUCCGCCUCUGGAGAGCCCGAAGAGCCAGCGGUGCCCAGUGCCGCCCGGGGCAUGACUCGGGCCAUGACCAUGCCCCCGGUGUCACCGGUCGGGGCCGAGGGGCCUGUUGUGCUUCGCAGCAAGGAUGGCAGAGAACGAGAGAGAGAGAAACGCUUCAGCUUCUUCAAGAAGAGCAAGUAGUUGGGGGCGAGACUCCCAGGCCAGCUUCUUCCCUCUAUUCAGGAAACUGCCAGGGACUGUCCACAGGGACCACCCUCUUGUCAGGACAACUGCCUGCUGCUAGGGUCUGUUGCCAAGGUCAACCCCAUCACCAGGAACUGUUGGGAGGUGAAGUGGGGGGGGACAAGCCAGUGUUCCCAAGGGCAACGCCCCUCUUCUGCUAUUUAAUUCCAGACUGGUGGUGGGACCCAGGCAAUCCCCAAUUCCACUUUCCUCCCACCUUCCGUCUCCCUCCAGCCCAAUGCCUCUACCCCGACUCGGGUGUGGACAGGCCUGCACCCUCUACAUAGGCCAUGUGGGGAAUGGCUGCCCCCGCCUCAGGUCAUUCUCCCACCACAGCUAGGGCAUGCCCCUCGGUUCCUUGCCCCUGGGGACCAGCCAGGAACCUCUCAGAGCUGAAGCAGGACCUGGGGGCAAGAUCGCCAGAUGACCGAGUCAGAGAUGCCGAAGCUCCUCCCCCUUCCCAUCCUAACUGGUCCUCUGACUCGAGUGGCUACUCUGUCUGCAGCGCCGCUCGAUGGCUUCCAGGUGUGAGUUGUUCAGGGGCAACCACAGCCUUGAGUCUGGCCAAGGAGGUGAUUAAACAGCUCAGCUUCUCUUAC